UGCUCGCGCAGUUGUUAGCACCAUUUUGUGAUGAAUGAGGGUAGGGUUCGAAGGUAGAGUUGCGGAUUAAAGUAGAUUGGUGUUUAACAAUCUUAGGGAUUUAUCAUUUAUUUUAGUUCUUAAAUACAUUUAGAAGGGGGCGAUAGUUGUACAAUAUUCGGGCGUGAAAUAGAGAAGUUUUGGAUAGUGAUUUUGUCGAGUCAGUCAUCUGCUCCAGCGCUGUGCUAGCUAACAUUAUACGGCUAACAGAUCUGCCCUGACUCAACUACACGGGUCAAUUACAGAAAAGGAGAGAUCACUGCAAGCCUGAAGAAACAUGAGCGCCCCUUCUUCUCAAAAAGUCGUGCUGAAAAGCACCACCAAGGUGUCCCUGAAUGAGCGGUGAGGCGCUACGCAUCCUGAAAGCAUUAUCUCAAGGCCGGGGGAUAAUCAUACAGAGAUAUCUAAGGCCCUAAGACACGUGUACUAUGGAGGUCAUUGAGGGGGAGACAUCAAAGCUGACAUGGACGCUAAACUGCCCACACGGUGUGCUCCGCUUGCGCAACAUGACAGCGGUUACUUGACCCAAUUCAUAAAUCUAUUUAGAAGUAAUAAUAUGCCAUGUGAGCGUCUUUUGCAUGAGCGGCGCACACCCGGAGGUGAGAGGGUAAUAAUGGUGAGGUAAGCUGAAGAAUGCAUCCUCAGCCAUGGGAAUGAGUUCAUAAUGAAAGAUGGUCUGUGUGCCAUCCAUAUUGUUUGCCCUCUCUCAUGCAAAAACACUCUCUCUCUUCAGAGAUAUUUUCUGCUGCACCUCUGUUUCUCUCUAUCUUUCUGUCUACAGAAAAAGGUGCCUAGUCCGUACCUUGACGUGACCUGUUGCUCAACCUUCUCACAAGGAGUGUCUUACAGAACAGCUUAUCGGGUCAUGGUCUUGGUUGUAAGUGGCUGGGUUGCCGGACACCCCUGUAGUCCUGGGCUAACUCACCGUGUGGUGUCUCGGACAUCACAAUUGGUUGAUGGUGGCCUCUUUACAAACAUGCUGAAGAACAAGCAGCCGACAGUGAGUAGCAUCCGGGCGACCAUGCAGCAACAGCACAUGGCCAGUGCACACAACCGCCUCCUUGCUCAGCAGAUGGAGAACAGGCCCUCUGUGCAGGCUGCACUUCAUCACAAACAGAGCCUGAAGCAGCGUCUUGGAAAGAGCAACAUCCAGGCCAGACUGGGUCGACCCAUUGGCUCCUUGAUGCAGGGUGGUGGAAGAGGACGAGGAUUACGAGGAAGAGCUAGAGGUGGUACCAUGAGAGGAGCACUCUCGUUUAGAGGUGCAGGUCAGAUGAGAGGUAGAGGUGGUCCUGGACGCAUGGGUUUCCGCCGAGGGAUGCGUCAUCGGGGAGGAGCUCCAGGACGAGGAGCUCUAGGAGGUCGAGGUGCAGCACGUGGAAUGCCUGGAGGAAGAGGCCGUGGAGGUAUGAGAGGCCGUGGAGGGUUUGCUGGAAGGGGUCGUGGACGUGGCAGAGGCAGAGGAGCAGGUCGUCCCAUCGUCACACGCGAGCAGUUGGACAACCAGCUUGAUGCGUACAUGUCUAAAACCAAAGGCCAUCUGGAUGCAGAGUUGGAUGCGUAUAUGGCCCAGGCAGAUCCUGAGAGUAUGGAGUAGACCCUGUUGAGCUGAGACACAGCAGCUCCCAAAGAUCUGCAAAUAAUAGACUGAUCGAUGACAUAAUCAUCCAGUACCGUUUAAGCUUCCGCUGCUGUUGGACACUCCCUAAGACAUUUACAUUUUAAGGCGUUCAGACUUGAAGUUUGUACAAAGUUAUGAAUUUAUCCCAGUUACAUUCAGAGAUUUGAGAGUUUUCACUCGCGGCUUCUGAAUACAAUCACAAAUCCUCAUCACAAGUUAUAGUUCUAAAACAGAGGGCCUGUUAGGAAAAAUGUUGGCUGUUAAGUGAAGGAAUUUUGUUGUUGAUUGAACUGUAAUAAGAGAUUGUACCUCUGCUAUUUUUGGCUGAAAUUCUGAAAAUGGCCUAAAUGUGUGAACAGUGAACUCCAAAUGACAUUUGAUGACUCUGUGGUAAAAAUGUGGCUUGUGUAAAUGAACAGAUGUUAAUGACUGUAAUGUUCUACACGUCACUUACCUUUUUAUUAUUAUAUUUUUAUUUAGUAUUUUUUAAGGUAGAACUUUUAUUCAUUACAUACAGUCUUGUUUUUGUCAAAAAAUGUUUUAACUAUAUUGUAACCCACAAACUUUUUUUUCUUUUUUCUUUUGGCAUCGAAUAAAUCUUGGCUAAUAAGAUCUUGUGCUCUGGAGGACAUUAUCAUUCUAGACAUUCAUUUUCAUCACCGGGAAACAUCCAUCCAUACAUAUACACGCAUACUCUGCGGCCAAUUUAGCUUACCCAAUUCACCUGUACCGCAUGUCUUUGGACUUCUGGGGCAAACGAGAGCACCCGGAGGAAACCCAUGUGAACAUGGGGAGAACAUGCAAACGCCACACAAAAAUGCCAACUGACUCAGCUGAAGCUUGAAACAGGGACCUUGCUGUGAAGUGAUUGUGCUACCUACUGUGCCACUGUGAUGCCCUCUUUCUAGACAUCAUUAACAUGAAUGAUCAUGUGG